UGCGUAAGGGCAACCUAUCAAAAGACCUGUAGUGCCGUCUAGAGUCUGACGCAAAAGGGUACUUGGUUCAGGGCUAAAUAAAGAAAGGAAAUGCAAUUUAGGUUAGAGCUAGUUGGGUAAAGUCUCGUUUCUUUGGUUACGAAGAGAAAUAUUCAAACAGAGAAAAAUUUCAAACACCCCGGCGGAUAUUACGGUAAUUCUGUUUAUUCUUCCCGAACGGUUUCAGAGUGGUAUUUUAGUGUCCCAUGAUACUAACUGAUAUCAGACUUCAUUAUUGAAAUUUCUCUUACUAAUUUACUGAUAUCGAAUUCAAAUUCUUCUAAAACCAAAUUCAUAAUCGUAAUCAAACAUCAUCGUCGUCUUCUUCGACUUCGUAUAUAAAAAUUUCCGAUCUUCCUAUGGUCUCACUAGAUUUCUAUCAGCAUACAUGGCAUCAUUGAUAGAUACAGUAUACAUUGAGCUUUCAAAACCCACUAUCAUCUUUGGAAUUAAAUUAUGGAUUCUAAUUACGAUUUGCAUCGGCUUGUUCAUUUUUCUCAUCCUAUGCUGUAUCAUCACUUGUUGUUGCAGAAAAUCUUCAAAAAAACAUAAAGUUGGUUCAUAUUCUAAAAACCCUAACCUAGAAAAGAUAGUUACAGUUCCUUCUAAUCAAUCUCUUGUUCCUCCUAAUCAAUCUCUUGUUCCUGAUCAAGUACAAAUCGAUGUGAACAAGACAGAGCAUCGAUUGUCAGUCACUUCUAAUAGACAUGCUUCAAAUAGACAUUCUUCUGCUCGUUCUUAUAGAAUUAAUAGAUCAACAUCUGAUAUUGAAUUGGAUUCAAUAGCUCCGUUAGAAAUUUCACCUAUGGCUUGGGUCCGUUGGUUUACUUUGAGAGAACUUAAUGAUGCAACUGAUAUCUUUUCAAAUGAUAAUGUUAUUGGAGAAGGUCAGUACGGAAUCGUCUAUCGAGGUGUUUUGCCUGAUGGUACUUGGUUAGCCGUGAAAUGGCUCUUCAAUAGCAGAGGCCAAGCAGAAAAUGAAUUUAAAGCUGAGGUGGAAGCACUUGGGCAUAUUAGGCACAAGAAUUUGGUCACAUUGCUUGGAUACUGUUUGGAGGGUUCCUCCAGGAUGCUUGUUUACGAGUACGUGGACAAUGGUAAUCUCAACCAGUGGCUUCAUAAGGAUGUAAUGCAAGUCAGCCCUCUAACAUGGGAUAUGCGCCUGGAUAUUCUGAUCGGAAUCGCAAAAGGAUUGAGCUACCUUCAUGAAGGUCUAGAGCAUAAGAUCGUCCAUCGUGAUGUGAAGUCUUGCAAUAUAUUGCUAGACCAAUACUGGAAUCCAAAGGUUGCUGAUUUUGGACUUUCAAGGGUCUUAGAUACUGACAUGACCCACGUGACGACUCGUGUGAUUGGAACAUAUGGCUAUGUUGCACCAGAAUAUGCUUGUGCUGGUAUCUUGAAUGACAGAAGCGAUGUUUAUAGCUUCGGUGUACUUGUUAUGGAGAUGGUUAGCGGGAGGAGCCCUUCCAGUUUCAGUGAAUCCCCUGAAGAGAUGAGUUUGGUGGAUUGGUUAAAGAAGCUGAUUGAGACGCAAAGAUACAACGACAUAGUGGAUCCGAAAUUGCCUGAUAUACCUUCUUCUAAGUCACUCAAAAGUGUUCUGCUACUUGCUCUUCGAUGCGUUGAUCCAGAUGCACAACAAAGGCCUAAAAUGGGCCAAAUUGUGCACAUGCUCGAGAGUACAGAUCGGUUGCAUAACCAUGAGUUUUUGCAGAAACAUAAGAUCACGCGAGAGGCUUCUCAUUCUCGUCAUUGACUUUCUACGUGAGUUAGUGUAAAAGAAUGGUCGAGCAUUGAGUGUUGAAUUGCUCAGCCGAUGGAGUCUUCAAAUGCACACAAGUAGAACAUUGUAGAAAUCAUACCCAGCAGCUACAUGUAUCAAAUCAGCAUAUGAAUUCAAACAAGUACCUAAAGUUCAUUUUACUCUUACAACUUCCCUUUUUAAGCUUUUUUAGCGUUGACUUUUGUUUUUUUUUCUUUUUAUAUUUACCACACCAAUUUGACACAAAUCUUAUAUUGUACCUUAUAGCGCGUUUGGAUACAAUUCUGCUUCUGAAGUAGAAGUCAAAAGUUGAGAUAUUUUGCUUCACAAAAAGUCAACUUUUCUGCUUUUA